AUGGGGGAGGAAGCUGAAGUUGUGGCGCCUGCCGCCGUCACCGUCCAAGUGGUUCUUCCGACGUUGAAUUCCACAGCGGCUCACAGUCCUACCAAGAGCAACACCAGCUUUGCCGGCAAACCACUUCGUGUGACGAGUAACCCGUGCACAUUGAGCUGGAGUAACAUGUGCUACACUGUCGACACGAAGAAGAAGACCCCAAAGCACCCGGACGGGAAGAAGACCAUCCUCACCAACGUCACGGGUCGAUGUGCACCCGGUGAGCUCACGGCCGUCAUGGGGCCGUCCGGAUCGGGCAAGACGACGCUGCUCGACAUCCUCGCGGACCGCAUCAGCUCGGGCACACUUCAAGGCGACAUCGCUCUCAACGGCGAGACUCGAAACCUCAAGACGUUCCGAGCCGUGUCGAGCUACGUGGCUCAAGAAGACUCGCUACUGGGGUCUUUUACCGUGUUGGAGACGCUGGAGAUGGCGGCCAAGCUCAGUCUACCGAACUCUGUCACCCACCGCGAGGUUGUCGAGCGAGUGCAGACUGUGAUCGACGAGAUGGGGCUGCGAGUCUGCGAGCACACAUUGGUCGGGGACAUCUUCCGUAAGGGCAUCUCGGGAGGCCAGAAGAGAAGACUGAGUAUCGCCAUUGAGCUGCUGUCCGAGCCGUCGAUCUUGUUGCUAGACGAACCAACGUCGGGUCUGGACUCAGCGUCGACCUACAACGUCAUGAAGUUCGUGGCGAGACUGUGUAAGGAGAACAUGACGGUCAUCUGCACCAUCCACCAGCCUUCGUCGCUGGUCUACGACAUGUUCACGAACGUCGUGAUCCUCACUGCCGGUCAGACGGUCUACUUCGGUCCUCGCGUUGAUAUGUUGCACCAUUUUGCGUCGUUGGGGUACGUCUGUCCCGAGCACGAGGACCCAGCGGAGCACUUCAUCAGCAUCGCCAAUACGGACUUCGAAGGUCACGGCGAUAUCCCCCUUCUAGUAUCUGGAUACGCUGCCAGCUCAGUAGCUACGCGCAUCCAAGACGCCAUUCAAGCGGACGCAGCGGGCUCGCACACUAUGAAAGCCAUCGAGCGCGUGCCGAACUCCCCACUGCGCCAAUUACUUGUACUGCUGCAGCGCAACACGCUCGACAACAUCCGCAACCCGGGCAUCUUCUGGGUUCGACUGGUGAUGUACACGGUGCUGUCGUUCAUGAUGGGGACCAUGUUCCUCUCGACCAACGAUCGCAUCGAGCCUCGGGACGUCGUGUACCUCUUGACGUACGCCAACUGCUUCCUGGUCUUCAUGUCCAUCGCCGUGCUGCCCUUCUUCAUCGAGCAGCGCGCCGUCUUCCUCCGCGAACGCACCAACAGCAACCUCAACGUCUUCAGCUACGUCGUCGCCAACUUUUUGGGUGCGUUACCUGGCAUCUUCCUCAUCGCGCUGAGCUCGACGCUGCUCGUGGGGUACCUGGCGGGCCUGAACUCGUACGGCAUGUUCCUGCUGAUCGUCUUCCUGUCGCUCGUAGUGGCCGAGAGCUUGAUGCACCUCGUAGCCGCGUGUGUGUCGCACUUUAUCAUCGGCAUGGCGAUUGGCGCCGCUCUCUUCGGCUGGUACAUCCUGUGCAUGGGGCUUUUCGUGCCGCGUCCAGCGAUCCCGGACUACUGGAUCUGGGGCCAUUAUCUCGGCUUCCUGUCCUACGGCUUCGAGGCGCUGUUGUACAACCAGUUCCAGCACGACACGUCGGCCGAAGCGCAGCGGUUGCUGACCAAGUUCGGCAUGGAGGACGCGGGUCUCGGACGUGACCUCGCGAUCGUGGCGGCUAAUGCGGUAGCCUUCGAGAUUCUCUUCACCUGCGUGCUGUACAAGUUCCACACGGGGAGGCGGUGA